AUUUGGAUUUCUUGUCGCAAACAACCUCGAGGCUAUAAUAUCCAAGAAAAAACUGUGAAAGAAGAGUCGCAAAAGAACAGAGAAUACAGAUUAAGAGAUAGAGAAAGGAGAAAGAAAUAAAACAUUAUGGCUUCUUCACAAUCAAAUGGAGGAAAUGGGGUAUACUCUCCUGAACUCCGUCUCAAAACCUUUCAACGCAGCAUCGUCCUCUCCAUCUUCCUUUGGCCCUCUCUCUCCCUCGCCGUAACAUCCCUCUGGGGAGGUCCUGAGUCCGCCGAUAAACGCGAAUAUAUUGCCGGUACUCUCAUUGAUCUUCUCUCCGAGGAGGAAAACAAGGAUGUAGAAGCCGACUGGAUCGAGACAAUUCUGCUACAGUUCAUGUCUGACGAAUUCGAAGUAAAUGUCGACGAUGGAAGCGCCAUGGAAGUUGCCAAUGGCAUUGUUAAAUGUAGAGAGGAAUGUAAGAGGGGUGCUUGGGAGGAGGAAAGUAGUUUGUGCAGAAAGUUGGAGAAGGCAUGGGAGACGAAGGGGGGAAAGAGUGACAGUUUAGCGCAGUUCCAGCAAGGAGAGGACCAAGGAGAAACGGAUUCGGAAGCGAGUGGGGAUGAUGAUGAGGAUGGAGAUGUGGAUAUGGACGAGGCGCCACAAUUGGUGAGAGUUAAGGAACCAGUUGUGCCUCAGGUGGAUGAGGAUGGGUUUACUAUGGUUACCAAGAAGAGAAGAUGAAAUUGGCAAGAAAACAAGAAGAAAUAGAGAGGAGAUGUAGGAGGUGUUGAAGUUCUGCAGAUGUUCAUGAAAUGGCAAGGCUUGACUGGCCGAUGGACAGUCUCAAUUGGAAUAAAGGUGGAACAUCCUGAGAUUCUCAUUUUGUUGAGGAUUCUAGAGCUGACGGAUCACGAUGAAGAUGAAUUCGCGGAGGUGGCGAGGGAUAGCCUUCAGGGAUCACAUACAAUUCGAAUACAUAGGCAAAUCUAUUUGAUGAAGAUGGAUAGUUCUGUCAAAAUCUAGCAUCAUCUAUUGUGUGGAAGGUUUUCUCAAUCUCAUUUUUAGCUCGAGAGACCUCAAUGCCUCAGCACGGAGGACUCACAACGAAGUUCCUUGGAUGCGAUUUUUGGCCUCUUCAUUUCAUAUUGGGCUAUUCGAGUGAGCAGAGCUGCUUGGACGAGGUUUUAUAUAGAUCCUAGCCUUGAAAUGUUCAAUGCAAAUACCACUAAACUAGCUAGAGAAUCCAAUCAAAUGCAUCACUCCCUUUGCUUUUUCUUAUCCUAGUUCUAUCCUGCUGAGUUAAUAGGUACCACCACGCCAGUCAUCUCUCCAUGGAUAUUUGAUGCUUGUA